ACCUCCGUGCCCCGUGACUUGACAGAACGAAAACAAAACCUGGGGAAGACAAGGAGGUAAACGUUACUUGUUUGGUUCCAGAUUUUUACGGAUUACAGCUGAAGUUUGCAGAAACAGAGCCAAUCUAACAUUUCUUCUGGUCAACAUCGCAACUUUGGACAUUGCUCAAGCUUGAGUCCACCGAACUACGUUAGAAGGAGCUUCGGGGUUUAGGGAUCUUCAGUGCAGACUGACUUCCUGUGCUAAGUCUUGAGAAGUGUGAAAGUGGCUCCCUUCUCUGAGGAAAACGUGGAAGACACAAGUCAAGAAUUCUUCCUGCGCUUCCUGCUGUCAGCAGCCCCUGGGACAACUCCUGGGCUACAACAAGAGCCGGCGAGUUCUGGGAGCAGCCAGCCCAGCGCCUUGUACAGGCUGGCUCCAGCAGUGCAGGCAGGCUGCCAUGUGAUUGGUCAGGACAGUGCUACGGCAACAAACCAGACAGGCCCUGACCAGCCUCCUCCAAAUGCAAGCAUGCCACAGCCGAGCAUCAGCAGUAUGGAGGCUUCCUACGCCGACCCAUUCAGUGAGUGCGGCAUGUCGUUCAGUCCCGUGGACCAAACGCUCCACCCAGAGCUGUACGCCAGCAGCCCGCCAUGCGCCAUGUACGACACCGAGGAGCAACCAUGUUGGGUGAUGAGUCUGAAGGACAAGCUGGACUACAGUAACGGGAAGAACUGGGGAAGUGAUGACCUGACAUCUGCCACCAGCACCACCUUGGACAGUGAUCUGCUCUCCUCCUUCAAGUGUGAGAAAUCAGAUGGCCUCUGGGGUAGCCACGAGUCAGACUUCUUCGGAAUCGACGACACAUCCAGCCCGUACCAGGAUAAGAUCGACAUCUCCCACACGCCCACACUUGCAGAGCUGAACUCAGAGGACUCCCAGUCCAUCUUCGAGUCCUUGAUUCACCCUGAUCUCCAAGAAUUCUUGGGACAAACAAGUGUGAAGCGUGAAAAAAAGCCAUCUCCGAUGACCACUGGUCCCAGUCGCCCAUCAUCCUUGCAGACCACACCGGCUGCAAAGCAGUCAACCACCAGAGUGGCGAACAACACGGAUCAGGACUUUGCAGGCACCUUUCAGGUGCAGUUCCAUGCCAGUGCGCCAGGGGUCUCCCCAGCUCCCACCUCUCACACCAUUUCCAGACCACAAACCCUGCCAUCUGAUGCUGACAUGCAGCCCUGCAUGCCAGACCAAACAAAUUGCUCACAGCUCCAGCAGCUGCUGAUCAAGCGAAGCCUCACCUGUGUGGCCCCAAGAAUCCAGGCUGUUGUUGACCCAAAUAAGGUCAUGCCUGCCGCGGCCAUUGCCACCACGAGCAGCACCGUGGAGGUGGAACGAAAAUGGGAGGAGGUCAAGAACUUCCUUGAGGGUCCAGAAACGACCCCCCAGAGCAAGCCUGAACUGCAGAGUGUGAAGACGGAAGAGCACAACUACUCCAUGUUUGCCGGGGAGAGCGGCACUGCCGGAGAUGUGUAUGAACCAAAGGAGGAGGACAUGGACUCAGACCACGAUGAGGGGUUUGACAGUGACCAAGGCAGUGAGGAGGAUGAGGAUGGUGAUGACAACUCAGGGGACUCUAUGUCUGAGCCAGGUACUCCUACCCUGGACGGCUGCUCCCCUGGUGGAACAAGCAGGAAGCGCCAGCGGUUCUUUUGGGAGUACGGCGAGCACCACCAGCCAGUGCCUCGCACCAUCAAGGAGAAAAUCAAGGAUGAGAGCAAGGUCAUCGACCCUGAUACUCCUGCCAAUCUCCACUUACAGGAAAAGUCUGAGGUGUUCAACCCAGCACUGAGUAAGGGGGCAUCCAAGAAGAUUCGCCGUGGUGACACAGAGGACCUGACACCAAACCCCAGAAAGCUGAUCCUGAUAGGAGAAGAACUGCGCAAGCUCAACAAGACCAUUAACGAGCUGACUCCAGUGAGCGAGCUGCCCCUCAGUGUGCGCCCCAAAAGUCGCAAGGAGAAGAACAAGUUGGCUUCCAGGGCCUGCAGACUGAAGAAGAAGGCUCAGCAUGAAGCUAACAAGAUCAAAUUGCAAGGCUUGGAGAGCGAAUAUGGAAAGCUGUGCACAGCCUUGAAAGCAAUUAAAAGGGAGAUUGCUCAGACUGUAGGCAGCAAGGAGCUACAGGACGGAGAGCUGGGCUUCAGGGUGGACAAGAUCCUCAAGGCAGUCAUGGGGAAAAAUCCAAUGGUUGCUGGUCACACAGGAGAAUUUGUGAACCGUGUACUUGAUUCUGCACAGGUAGGCAACCGGCGCAACCUGCUCGUAAACCUGGGCGAUUCCUGUCUGUAAUCACGCACAAAUGGCUGCCCAACAGAGCAAUAGACUUUGGCCUUGUGGUUGGUGGAAAAUGACAAGUUUGGUCACAGGAUCUCAGCAGGACUCAUCACUACACAAGUCCUGGCAGAACUUUACUGUAAAUAUUGACAUCAGAAACUACAGGAAUGAGUAGUGACAGGAACUAAAAAUAGUGUAAAAACUGUGUGCUUGAGUAGCAAAAGUAUAUCUACACUACUAAGUGAGGGUGCAGCGCCCUGUGGUGUUACAGUACUACUACAGUUAGGUUGAGUAUCCAAGCAUGCAAUUGUACAGUUAAAUAGGUCAGCUGCCUGCUUAUUCUAUGGAGAGCCCCACAUAAUGUAAGAUAGUCAUUGCCACACUUACCUGUACCUCUUUCUGCACUUCUAUACAUUGAGAGAAUUGUGGACAUGAUAAUCUUAGUAUGUAAAAAAAAAUACCUGAAAAAUUGAUAUCUGUAUAGUACAUAUAUAAAUGUAUAAUAUACACUCGACUAAGAUGUGUGAUGUUAAAGUUAUGGUUUAUGUUUGGUUUAUUUUAUGAUACUGAUUUGUACAAAGUUAAGUUUAUGGUGACCUUGGGUUGGUAACCUUGAGUUAACAACUUGUAUUGUCCUGGUUGCCUGGGAGAUGAACUGUGUUUUCUUCUCGUCUUCUCUAAUAAGGAAUGUGCACAUAAAUACAUAUUUAUCUUAUCACUUCUAUUGUAGUCAAAGUGAGAAAGGGAAGGGCACAGAAAGGAGGUUGCGAUGAUACAUGUACGGUGCUGCUAUUGAGGAAGUAACUUGAUUUGUACAAAGUUGAAAAUGUGUCUACCAUAUGUAUGUUAUUACACUAGACGGCUGGCCCACUACAAUAUUUCUAUACGGGUAGAGAAAAAGCUCUAACUGUAGCAUCAAAAUUAUUUAACAGUUAUGGAUAUUUAGUAUCAGCAAGUGUGAUACAACUUAGUUGUGAAGAUAUUUGUACAGGAGAUGUGUAAAUAUAUAUAGAGGUGUACAGACAGUAGCAGAAAGGGGAGAGAGAAGACUUCUAAAACACUUCCCCGGGGCAGAAGUAUCUCUGGUAUCAGGUACAAGAAAACCCCUGCUGUGACUACCAAGGAAUUGUAUUGAGAUGGAAUAUUUUCAGACUGGACAAUUCAUUCUUGUACAUAGUGAUACCUUCCCAAAUGUUUUUCCAGAGAGAAUAGGCAGAAAUUAACUUAUAUAUUUUACUUCGGAAAUGAUAUAUCUAUCUUUCACAAACUAGCCUUCAGAAAUGAUGCAGAUCAAUGCAAAACUGGACAAAUUCCUGAUGUAUCUCCUUGAAGCUGUGUUCAGAAAGGUUACAAAUUGGACUAUGGCCUGUGGCAAGGCUGUAAAACUAAAUAAACUUUGGUUGCAAUGAUUCAUUUGGUACUCAAGGAACAGUCCACCUUAAUCUUUGUGAAAUAUCAGUCAUUUAUAAACUGGUUGUAUGACUGUGUACUCUACUUGUAUAUUCCAACAAAUAUCAAAAGUUUUUAAUCAUA